UUGCCGCAACAAUGUUGUCAGAUAUGAGCGAGAUGCCCACCAUACAGCUGGGUAACUUCACGUUACAAAUGGAACUGGAAGACCUCAGGCCCGAAGUUCAGGAAAUAGCGAGAAAGGAACUUAGGGAAACUCCAGAAAUUAAGAAAGAAGCAAUUGAAAAGUUAAGGGAGCUUUUAAAACGUAUGUUUCCACGCAGCUACAAAAUUACAUCGAGUUCUUUUGUUAACGUUUUCUUCUGUGCUUUUUCUUCACCUUAGGGUCACGGAGAUAAUAACCUGAUCCUAUUUUUAAUUGUGGAAUGAAAUAAACGAACAUAUUUGUGCAUUUGAAACUUUUUAAAUAACAUGUUUUUUCCUUUUCAGAGGAAAAAGACUUACAUGUACCUUUAAACAACGACAUAUGGCUGGUCAGAUUUUUGAGACCUUGUAAAUUUUACCCUGAAAGUGCCCUAGGACUGGUAAGACUUAAAACACUUAAAUAUUUUGUAAAAGUUCUGCUUGGUGCGAAACAAGUAUCUAGUGGUUGAAUAUCUCAUAAUUUCAUAGAAUAUGAAACUCUAGCACGACAAAGUACAAAGUACCUACUUGAUAUUCUUGCAUUUCAUUGCUGAUGUUUUAUGAGUAAGACGUAUAAUAACACUGUAAACAGGGUGUUAGCUAAACAUGCGGCAAAAAUUCAAGGGGUUAUUCCUCGGCCUAUUAUAAGAAAAUUUUGACUUUUGAUGAUUUCUGAAAAACACCCCUUUGUUUCGAAGAUACAGGGUGAACAAAAUUUGAGACAACCAUAUUCAAUAUUUAUUGAAAUCAUUAAUGUAAAGAAAAGUAUGCCAUACUCCAAUGAGUUUAGUAAGUACAAAAAAUUAUUGACGAAAACUUGGAACGGAUGUUUCAUCUACUGACGUACAAGUGGAUUUCAUUUAAAUAAGUAUCGUAACUUAUAAUGACCGGUAUCUGUCGCAGUUGUUUACAUUGAGUGACGUUUGGCUAUUUGACAUGUUAAUAGUGUAGUGAAGCUCUGUACCAUGUAUGAUAACACCGAGAUGACUGACAGCCAUUUCAUGUAUAUACUUGCUGAUGGCAAUUCAUUGGAAGCUAGACGAUUGUACUCGUACAUUGAACGGUUUCCUGACCGUAAUAUCCCCGUCCGAAAAAUCUUCGAAAACAUUCAUCGAUAUCUUCGAGAAACAGGCACGUUGAAACGAAAUGGGGGGCCAGGAAGAUUAAUGACUGUAAGAACGGUACAACUGGGAUAGUAUUGCAUUGUUAAUGGCUUUUGUAAGGAUUAGUUCUAAUUCCUCAGUUCCUGACAUAUUCUUUUCACCGAUGAAGCCAGUUUCACAAGAAAUGCAAUACGAAAUUUCCAUUACAACCAUGUGUGGGCAGUUGAAAAUCCGUAUGAGAUAUAUGUAAAUCGAUUUCAACAUCAGUUCUCCUUGAAUGUUCGGGUAGGAAUUGUGGGUGACUAUCUAAUUGGACCGCUAUUUCUACCAGCAAGAUUUACUGGCGUGAUUUAUCGUCACUUUUUGGAAGAAGCACUGCCCGAGUUUCUGCAUUUGCGACAAGAAUUGCAAUGUGGUUUUUGCACGAUGGUGCACCACCACAUAUCAGUUUGGUUGCUAGUGAUUUCUUAAUAGCAACAUACGGAGAUUGGUGGAUUGGUCGAGGUGGGCCACACGCAUAGCCUGCUCGAUCCCCAGACUUAAACCCCCUUGAUUUAUUUCUUAUCGGGGCUCUGAAGUCAUUAGUUUACGCUACUCCAGUGGAGAAUUCGUACUAAUUACGAAAUCAGAUAAUUGCUCAAUUAGAAACAACUCUGGUGUGUUUGAAAGAGUUCGGCACUCAAUGACGAGAAGAUUGAAUGCUUGUAUCCAGGCUGGAAGAAGUCAUUUCGAACAUUCAUUAUAAAACGGUAUUACGCUUUCAAAGUAAAACAUGCAGAUAUGUACGAUGGACUAUUACCUAGUAAAGAAAAGAAUGUUUUUGAACAAAAUAUCCUGACUGUGCAACCAAACAGGGACCAACAUGGUAGAAGAAUUUUAAUCAUAGAAUUAGGAAAAAAAUGGAAAACUGAUAAAGUAACGUUAGAUGAAGUAUUCAAAGGCUGCGUACUGUUCCUCGAGGCUGCUAUGUUAGAACCAGAAUCGCAAGUAUGUGGCGCCGUAGUCAUAUUCGACAUGGACGGUCUGUCUAUGGGACAGACUACCAAAUUCACACCCAUGUUCGCAAAGAGGAUAGUCGACUGGUUACAGGACAGCGUACCCCUGCGUAUCAAGAACAUCCACAUCGUGAACCAACCCUACAUUUUCAAGGUGGUGUUCGCUCUGUUUAAGCCCUUCUUGCGCGAGAAACUGCGCAACAGGAUCAUCUUCCACGGGACCGACCGCAAGUCGCUGCACCAACACAUGGCCCCCGAAUGUCUUCCGGCGUGCUAUGGAGGCACCUUGGAGCUGCCGCGUAUUGAUGGCGCCCAGUGGCUCGAGUUGCUGGAGAAGUGCGAUAACGAGUUCAAGGCUAUCAACUCCUACGGUUACAAAAAGAAGGUGGAUUCGUGAAAAUGAAAAAGAAUUACCACAUCACACAUAUAUUAUUUAUUUAGUCAAGAACGCUACAUCAUGAGAUCUGCGUGGAGAUGACUAUACAGUUUUAUAUAUAUUUUAUACGUGUUACGUUUUGAACAGUAAUUUCUUGAAAUGUUUGUUUCACAUGUUUUUACUUUUUAGCUCAGAUAUUAUUGUGAUAGAAUACAUCAUAUAGUUAAUUAUCUCUUGUAGCAGGUUACAUAACCUGUUGUUCUUUGUUGCCAAUAAAACAUAUAUAUUUUUGUCGUAACUUUA